AUGUCACCUUCUCUAAAUGGCUCAGCUGCCCCACACGAUAACUCCAAGACUUAUGGAAAUUUCGACUUGGUUAAACGUUUCAAACUAGACUACACCGACGUCGUCGUAUCAAGAUGGCAGAGCCGCGUUACUGGUCUCACUGUUGUGCAUCUCGAUUAUGAAGCACCUAUCGUAAAUGGCUACUUCGUUGUUGGUACCGAAAUCUUUGAUGACAGCGGCUGUCCGCACACUUUAGAGCAUCUCGUCUUCAUGGGUUCGGAAAAAUACCCAUACAAAGGCAUCAUAGACCACCUUGCAAACCGCGGGUUUUCUAACGGAACCAAUGCAUGGACGGACACCGAUCAUACUGCGUAUACUGCCUCAACUGCUGGGGAGCAAGGCUUCCUUCAGCUUUUACCGAUAUAUCUGGAUCACAUCCUCUAUCCCACAAUGACCAAGGCAUCCUUCUUGACUGAGGUUCACCACAUCAAUACAAAGGGCGAGAACAGUGGUGUCGUAUACAGUGAAAUGCAGGGCCGCGAAAAUACGUCGGGCGAUCUCAUGGGCCUUCGCUCGCAGCGUCUCUUGUACCCUCCUGGGAGUGCCUAUCGUAGUGAGACCGGUGGACUCAUGGCAGCACUUAGGGUUCUAUCUGUCGAGCAAAUCAGGGACUAUCACGCCACUUACUAUGUCCCGCACAAUUUAUCCUUGAUCGUGACCGGGAAGCUUUCAAGCGGAACGGAAUCUCUGUUGGCUGUAGUGCAGGACAAGGUUGAACCUAGCAUUAUUUCACAUGGUCAGAACCAUGGCCCCCGCCCGAGCGGUUGGAAACGACCCUUCGUGGAGACUGCUAGUGCCAACCGCUCUCCCAUCAUGAAAAUCACGAAGGAAACCGUUGAAUUUCCUGAGAAGGACGAGAGCCAAGGCGAACUUUUGAUCAUUUAUACUGGUCCCUCGCCCAACGACUUCAUGGAGCGAAAAGCUUUAGACAUUCUUGCUACAUACCUUACAUCAUCGCCUGUCGCCCCUUUGAACAAGGAGUACAUCGAAAUCGAGUCGCCUCUCUGUUCGUAUAUCUAUUUUAGCGAAGACACUCGCUCGACAAUGGUUGAUCUGCCGAUCUACAUUGGUUCGGUCCCUGUCGAAGAACUGGAUAACUUCGAUCAGAAGCUUGUCGCAAGUUUCAAACGGAUUGCGUCUGAUGGUAUUGAUAUGACGAGAAUUUCCAUGGUCAUCAACCGGGACGAGCGCCAGCUUCGCAGCAAAUUGGAGUCAGCCAAAGGUGACACCUUCUCAGGUGCAAUUAUAAGUGACUUCCUGUAUGGCGCUGCGGAUGGUUCGGAUAUGCACCCUGCCUUAGAUGAAAUCAAUUAUUACAAGACUUUGCGGACAUGGACUGAUUCCCAAUGGGUGGGUCUCAUGCACAAGUACAUCAUUGACCGCCCUUACGUUGUCGUCAUUGGCAAACCAUCUGCAACUCUGGCAGAGAAGCUCGAGCAAGACGAAAAGACUCGCCUCGCUACUCAGCGGGAGACGCUCGGUCCCGAUGGUCUUGCCAAUGCAGAGCGGGAGCUAGAAGCUGCAAAAGCUGAACAUGAGAAGCCAAUACCGACCGACAUUUUGACAUCGUUCCCUGUUCCUGAUGUGAAGAGCAUCUCCUGGAUACCUGUUCAGUGUGUUCAAGAGCCUGGCAAAGGGCGGCCAAGUACUGUGCAGAGUUCUGAACCGUCUCAGCUUUCCAGGCACAUCCAGUCUGAUGGGUCGCCGCUCUCUAUGUUCGUACAAUACGACCAUGUCAAGUCCGACUUUGUUGCUGUCCAUGCCUUCUUCUCUUUGGCUAGGUUGCCUGAUAGGCUACGGCCCUACCUCUCAACGUACCUCUCAGCGUUUUUCUCCCUCCCUGUGAAACGCGCUUCAGGAGAGGUACUCAAUCAUGAAGAGGUUGUCAACCAGCUCGACGAUGUGACAGUCUCAUACGAGGCUGUUCUAGGUAUUUCCGACCAGUUUUCCGAAACAUUGCGGGUCAGCUUCAAGGUCGAGACAUCCCAGUACGAAACAGCCAUUGCAUGGUUACGUGAUCUCGUAUAUACUUCGAUAUUUGACAAGGAAAGACUGCAAAUUUCUGCUGCAAAGCUGGCGCAAUCGCUUCCAGAACUCAAGCGUGAUGGAAACAAUGUUCUGUCCUCUGUAUGGGCCGAGAUGCUUUACGAUAAGAGCUCGACAUCGCUCGCUGGCGCCAUCCUUCCUCAAGCAGAAUUUGUACCAAAGCUCAUCCAGAACCUGCAAGAGGAUCCUGACACAGUGGUCGCGGACUUUGAGGAACUGAGGACAUACUUGACGGAUCCCACUGGAGUACGGAUAUCAGUCACAGGUAACGUUUUGGACAUACCCAAACCACGGAGCGUCUGGUCAAAACACUUUGGGGACCUUCUACCGGAAUCCAAACUUGCACCGUUGAAGCUCACAAGCGACACCCUUAGUGAUUUGGGUAAGAACCCUGCCACCAAGGCUACCGUGGUCAGCUUGCCAACGAUAGAAAGCUCGUUUGUCAACCAUACUACGAAAGCAAUUCGAGGCUUCGAUCACCCUGAAUUUCCCGCUCUCCGUGUAGCGCUCGAGGUUCUCAAUGCUGCAGAAAGUUUCCUCUGGCGUUCUAUUCGAGGUUCUGGUCUGGCGUAUGGCGCCUAUAUGUCUGUAGAUAGAGAAGCCGGCUUGCUGACAUUCUCGCUCUACCGGAGUUCCAACAGCAUGGAGGCGUUUAAACAAGCAAAAGAAGUCGUGAGCGGACUAGUUGAUGGAACUGUGGUACUGGAGGACACCGCUCUCGAUGCAGCCAAAAGCAGCAUUGUCUAUGGUGUCACCAAGAAUGUCGCAACGGCUGGCCGAGCUGCUGUUAACUCCUUUACCAACCAAGCUCUUAAAGGAGUUUCCCAGGACCACAACCUGGAGAUGCUAGAGAAGUACCAGGCAGUGACCAAGGCUGAUGUGCUCGCUGCACUGAAGAAGCAUAUAUUGCCUGUGUUCAGCUCGAAGUUUUCCACGGUCACGGUGGUCACCGCACCUUCUAAAGCGGACGAGAUUGCGGACGGAUUGACUGGUUAUGGCUUCGAAGUAGAGAAACGGACGUUGGAGGUCGAGGCCGGUGAGGAUGAGGAUGGGAGUGAGAGUGAGAGCGGCAGUGACAGUGAGAGUGACUCAGGACGAUAG